AAAAAAAAAAAAAAAAAAAAAAAAAAUCACGGAUAAUUUCCGUGGUCUUGACAGAUCUGGAGCCGAGGCGUUCUCACUGAUUGUGGAUGCUAUCCGUCUCCCCCGAGCGAGCGAGCCGCGUUUGGGUUGAUCGGGUGUCGGAAGCUGCGCGCGACAAAAGCUGCUAAAUGAAGCAAUGGCGGGAGUUGCAGGAGGAAAUGAUUUCCAGUGGUGUUUCUCCCAAGUGAAAGGAGCGAUAGAUGAAGAUGUUGCGGAAGCUGACAUAAUCUCAACCGUUGAGUUCAACUAUUCUGGAGAUUUACUUGCAACCGGAGACAAAGGAGGGCGAGUAGUGAUAUUUCAACAUGAACAAGAGUCUAAGAAUCGACCGCACCUGCGUGGGGAAUACAACGUCUAUAGCACUUUUCAGAGUCACGAGCCAGAAUUUGACUAUUUGAAAAGUUUAGAAAUUGAGGAAAAAAUUAAUAAAAUAAGAUGGCUACCCCAACAAAAUGCUGCUCACUUUCUACUUUCAACAAACGAUAAAACUAUCAAAUUGUGGAAAAUAAGCGAAAGAGAUAAACGGGCGGAGGGUUACAACCUAAAAGAUGAAGAUGGGCGAAUCAGAGAUCCAUAUAGAAUCACCUCUUUACGGGUACCAGUUCUGAUGCCAAUGGAUCUCAUGGUAGAAGCAAGCCCACGGAGGAUCUUUGCAAAUGCGCACACCUAUCACAUUAAUUCCAUUUCUGUAAAUAGUGACCAUGAAACUUACCUCUCUGCAGAUGACCUAAGAAUAAAUCUAUGGCACCUGGAAAUCACAGACAGAAGUUUUAAUAUUGUAGACAUCAAGCCCGCCAACAUGGAGGAACUGACGGAAGUAAUCACAGCUGCUGAGUGCCAUCCACACCAAUGCAACGUAUUCGUGUACAGCAGUAGCAAAGGCACCAUCCGCUUGUGUGACAUGCGAGCGGCGGCGCUCUGCGAUAGGCACUCGAAGUUCUUCGAGGAACCCGAGGAUCCAAGCAGCCGGUCCUUUUUCUCAGAGAUCAUCUCCUCCAUCUCCGACGUGAAGUUCAGUCACAGCGGACGCUACAUGAUGACGCGUGACUACCUCUCCGUCAAGGUUUGGGAUCUCAACAUGGAGAACAGACCAGUGGAGACGUAUCAGGUCCACGAAUACCUUCGCAGUAAACUCUGCUCCUUGUAUGAAAACGACUGCAUCUUUGACAAGUUUGAGUGCUGCUGGAAUGGCAGUGACAGUGCCAUCAUGACCGGUUCCUACAACAACUUCUUCCGAAUGUUCGACCGCAACACCAGGCGGGACAUCACACUGGAGGCGUCCCGGGAGAGCAGCAAACCGCGGGCCACGCUCAAACCGCGUAAAGUGUCCACCGGCGGGAAGAGGAAGAAGGACGAGAUCAGCGUGGACAGCCUGGACUUCAACAAGAAGAUCCUCCACACUGCCUGGCACCCCAAAGAUAACGUGAUAGCCGUGGCAGCCACCAACAACUUGUACAUUUUCCAGGACAAAAUCAACUAAAAAAAAAUAAAUAAAUAAAAUAAAAUAAAAUAAAAAAAAUAUUUGGGGCUCCAGAGGAUAGGGCUUUUACCAUACCUGUGUAGUUAAGCCUACUACUUGUCUAUCUGUAUAAGAAGAAACAGCCUUGUUGUCCUCCUGGUGAAGAAAUUGAAAGCACGUGUCUCCUAUUUUUUUUUUUUUCUUUAGGUUUUUUUUUUGCCACAGGAGGUUGAUCCAUAGGCUUGUUUUAUUUUUUUUGAGUCUGAGCUUAGGUUGUUUUUUGCCUUUGGCACCAGGGCAAUCAGCACGCCCCCCCACUACCCCCCCCCCCUCCUCUUCCCACCCCUCAACCCCCUUCCCCUGACCCAGAAAGCCCAAUCUGGGUCUAAUUGAUGGAACGGCACUCCCCAGAGUUCAAACUCUCGAACGUUGCUAUUUGUGUUGACAUUUUUAAAGCCUUCAUUUCACGGUUUAACGACAGAACUCUCGGAAGUCCUCAAAAGUGACGUCUUGUCAAGGUGGUGGUCAUCGUUCGGAGAUUUUGGGGAGGAGGCCCCCCCCCCCCCCCCCCCCCCGUGAAGCGCGGGUGAACGGCCAGACAGGCCUGACUGUAACAUUCCCCCGCCUGGUCUCGUAUUCAGGCCGAAUCACUGCUGGAAAAAGGCCUGUGAAUUUGGAAAGUGGACUUGUCUCAUUUCCUGCCCCCCCCCCCCUUCCACCCCACGCCCCCGCACCCCUUUUCUCUUCUUUCACCCCAGUCAAUACAGCAACAUAAGUUCACUGACUGUAUCUACUCGAGUACACCUUGUCAUCGACAUAAUAAAAGAAACUAAAACUACGGAUGUGUUUUUAAAUUUAGAAGUAAGGUAUUAAAACAUGUUUAUUGCUUUGCAUGUUUUUUUGUUUUUUUUUAUGUCGUAGCGAGGCGGAGAAAUGUCCAGUCACACCACUGUCUUUUUGUUUUUUUGUUUGUUUUGUUUUUUUGAGCAGAUCCGAAGCAAACAUGUCAAGGAAAUCCUAUUUUGGGGCAAUCGGUUUGGAAGCUACUGUCAGAAAGUGUCUCAUGGAGAGAUUAUACAGUCCUACCUUCUCACGAUGUUUUAGGAUGCAUGUUUUUUGGGGGGUGGGGUGGGGUUGGGGUGGGGGGGUCGUACGGCACAAAUGUCCAGGACAAAGGGAAUCUGCAGCCUUAAUACCUACUUCAACCAGUGACGGCUACGAGUUGCGUUCCCCACCCCGAGCGUUACGUGAACCUCAUGUGCAUUAUUUGUAAAUCCUAUUUUCUAGAGUUAUGUCGUCAUACGCUGCUGCUACCCGUGGCCGUCUAUGAAAAGGCGUAAAGGAGGAAGACUGCGCACCACACAUCCGGUUUAUGUGACGAGAGUGCCUCCGAACCUUGUAAUGAGUAGGAAACGAAGACAGGCCUCAUACAUGUGCCCUUUUCCUUUUCUGUUUUUUUUUUUUUUGUUUUUUUUGAUUAGGGAUGCCACCCAGAUGGGAACCACAUAUUGCAAACGUGGAUCUUGGUAGUUGUGAAUGCAGACAUGAAGGUGGACUACACGGAACGUAUACCCGAUGACGUUAAAACACACAUAUUAAUGCAUUGUCUUUGUCCAUUGAUUCCUAACAUGGUGGCAAUGUAUUCACUUGUUUAUUAUUUCGACCAAAGUUCAAUAAAAAUUUUAAUUGUGUUCA